AUGAAUGCCGUUAAGCCAGGGCAGCCGUUGCAGCGAAACAGCAACAACAACAGCAGCAGCAGCAGCAGCAGCAGCACGAGCGGCACCAAGAGUGGCAGCAGGAGCAGCACCCGGUGCAGUAGCAGGAGCAGCACCAGGAGCAGCAGCAAGAGCCGCAACAGGUGCUGCAGCAGCAGCAGGAACCGCAGCAAGAUCCCCAACCGCAGCAGCCGCAGCAGCAGCAGAAGCAGCAGCAGAAGCAGCAGCAGCAGCAGGAGCAGCAGCAGCGACGUCUCCAUCUCUGGCCCCCCAAAAUUUAUUGCGCAUUCCUCUCAGCCUCGAUUUCUGCAGUCUGUAAGAAGGGAAGCUGCAGCCCCAGCGCCUUCAUCUCAAGCAGCAGCAGCAGCAGCAGCAGCAGCAGCAGCAGCAGCAGCGCGGGCCCUGCAGCAGCUAGGCUACUGCCGCAUCCUCUCUCGCCUCCCCUGGGACUCCAUCUGGGCCAAUCGGCUCUCCACUAUAUUAGCCCCAG